GAUGUGAGUUUCCCCAGUUUCGUCUGCUGUUUCCUAUUGGUCCAGAAAUUGGUGAUUCAUUAACAGGUGGAGGCAGGGAUGGAAAGCUGGGUGAGUUUCGAGUGGAGGAGUUCCAGGAUUAUUGUAUUGAAUGCAGAGCUGAAGUCCACAAAGAGAAUCCUUGCAUAUAUCCCUGGAUUGUUAAGAUGUUGUAGGAUGUAGUACAGACCCAUGUUGACUGCAUUGUCCACUCACUGGUUUUCUCGAUCUGGUUUUGAAUUUGCUUUAUCUGUGUAUUGUCUUAUAUCUGAUUUUACACCAAGAACAACAAGCUCUUCUUUCUUUUUCAGCCAUGAUCUCUCACCCAAGAUGGAGCUUCAUAAUUUUAUCGUUUUUCCACAGCACAUACUUCUCCUGGGGAGAGACCUUUUCCAUUGUUGGUCCUUCUCAUUCCAUUAUUUCUUACGUUGGUGAAGACGUCAUGCUGCCCGCCUUCCUCUCACCGGCACUGAAUGCUGAGGGGUUUCAAGUCAGGUGGUUUACAGCUAAAUUCGGGUCACCAGUGCUUGUAUACACAAAUUACAGUAUCGUGAAUCAAACUGACAGAAGAAUGUCCAUUUUUCAAGAGGAACUGAAGAACGGAAGUGUAUCUCUGUUAGUACAAAGUGUCCGUGUUUCCGAUGAAGGCAUCUACACGUGCCAUGUAGUCUCUGGAGAGCUGCAGAAAGAGGUCCAGAUCGCCUUGAGUGUGGAAGUUUUAGGCACUCAGCCCUCCAUUUCUGUGAGUUCCACUGAUGACCAGCAGACCCGACUGGAGUGCAGCGCUGAGAAGUGGAACCCACAACCAGAAGUCAUCUGGAGGGACAUGAAUGGGGCAGACGUGACGUUGCAGUCCACAAUAACAACGGAGUUGGACACGGAGGGGCUUCUGAACGUGAGCAGCGUCAUCACCGUGAAGAAAGACCACAACGUGUUCACCUGUCUGAUGAGAAGUAAAGCACCAAAGCCAGACUGGCCGUCCAGACUCUGUGUGUACGGUUUCUCCCCAGGAGCUUCUGGCUGGUUGGCGGCUUUCUGUGUCUUGCUGGCGCUCUGUGUGUUGCUGACUCCACUGCUCCUCAUCCAAUGGACAAGAAUGAGAGAGAGGAGCUUAAAAUAUGACCUGAAGGUUCAGCUCCUCUGUGUGAGGUUUCUACAGAAGGAAGUCGAAAUGUCAGAGCGCGUUACCAAUGCAGAAUGGAGUGUAAUCUACAGCUCAGCAGCUGAUGUGACUCUUGACCUUGAUACUGCAAAUCCGAGGCUUAUUGUGUCUGAAGCCGGUAAACAAGUGAGACACGUCGACACGUGGCAGUCUGUGACUGACAAUCCAAAGAGGUUUGACCCCAGUGUUUUUGUCCUGGCCAGAGAAGGAUUCACCACAGGGAGGCACUAUUGGGAAGUGGAGGUCGGGGAAAAGACAGACUGGAUUUUAGGAGUCGCCAGAGAGUCUGUUGACAGGAAGGGUGAUGUAAAUCUGAGCCCAUAUGAUGGCUUCUGGACUCUGUGUCUGCUGAAGGAGGAAACGUUUGAAUACUGGGCUCUCACUGACCCAGAUGUUCACCUCCCCCUGAGAGUCAACCCCUGGACAGUGGGGGUGUUUCUCAAUUAUGAUGAAGGUCAGGUCUCCUUUUACAAUGCCAAGACCCGCACUCACCUGUACACCUUCAAGGAGUCCUUUAAUGAGAAACUCUACCCCUUCUUUUGUCCUUGUGAUAAUGAUGGUGGUAAAAAUGCAGACCCUCUCAUCAUCAGUAUUAUGCCUAAACUGAAACUGGGAAGGUCAAAUGACCUAAAGAAGACCAGCAGCAGGAUCAGGAGGUGAAGAAUACUUUGGAGUGGGACAAGAAAAGAACUACUCGACAAUCAGGCAAGGGUCUGGAGACCGAAACAUCAAAAAAAGAAAAAUCCACUGAAAAAAACUAAGACAAUAUCCAGAAAUACAAGAUCAAAAACAAAAGGGUCCUUUACCAAAAAAAAUAAUUGUUUAACAAAUACUACAAACUGAAAAUCAAGGCUUUUAGUGUGUGUAAAAAGCUUAAAAUGUGAGUACUGGAAAUCAACACACCACAGCCAUGAUAAAUACUCACAAUACAGUUGCUCUCACAAAAGUAACGGUAGAAAAUGACACCAAAAUUAUAUCAAACAAUUAAAAAUGAAAAUACAAAACAUAAUAUGUAAAUACACAAAAUGUAUGUAAAUCAUAUUUCUAAUAGCCAGAAAACAUUUUUAAUAAACCAACUCACUACACACACAGUGCCCAGUCAGAGAGGUGAACGUCUCGUGAAGUCAACCACACUGAGAGUAGAAAUGUCACCUGAGCGUCUCUAGUUCUGGGCUCAGAGUGAGAGACUUACUUUACUACAAAGUGAGCGGAAAUAAAUUGGCAGUUAGGAUCUGUGCGACUUGGUGCUUUUCACUUACCAUUUGCCAAAUUUCCCUGACAUUUAUUUUAUAGAAACACAUGCAUUUUAGAUUUGCUUCACAUAACGUGAACGAAUGUGAAUCAUCUAGGCAGUUAAUAAAUAGGUCUGAGAUUUUCUGCUCGAGAAUUGAUGCAGUCACUUUUUCAAGCUGCUUACUAAGUUAGUGGACAUUCCAGGUCACCUUGCCAAUGACAAUACUUCUAUUAUAAAACAUACAGUAUAUCUUUGAGAUUUGGAUCACACCAGAGUUCCAUGAGCCAAACCAAGUUGAUGUGAAUUUCAACCUGUGUUUUCCAGGACUGUAGGACAUCAGCUCUGGUCACAUUGCUACUCCACUGUCCUCAAAACAUAACCCACAAAGAGAACAUUUUACAUAACUGAGUUUAGUGUAAUUUACACCUGCUCUGUUCACUUCUGCUUAGCACGUCACAGCUCAGAGGACUUCAGCUUCAAACCGGUCACAGUGUCUAUGGAGUUGUCUCCACGUGGGUUUUCUCCUAAUAUUCGGCUGAAGUCAUCACACUCUCAGUGUGUAUGUGAGCGUGUCCGGCAAUGUACUGGUGUCACAUCCAGAGCCGGCUUUGUUCUUGUACCCUUAGGAAACAACGUUAACACGUCUCCUGGCCAUCUCCUGAUCUCAGCGAAUGCAAAGGUGAAUAAUAAGCCACAGGGGUCUUUUCAAGGCGCAGGAGAACAGGGCUGAUGUCAACAGUGGAGAAAGACACACAGGGAAUCAAAGUCAAUGAACGCAGUCAUCCCAAUAGUACAAAAUAUAAAGAAGGGAUGCUCAGCUUCAGGGGGCUUUUCCAGAAUGUGUAGGAACUGACUUGGUGACACCAUGUUGUGGAGAGAACACUUCCUUGGCAGGAUGAACAACGUGGAACCUUCAAAUCUUGUUUAAAUUUAUAGAUUUCAGUGUUGACUACAAGGCCAGAACACAAGUUUUGAUUGCUAGUCACGUACCCCUUAAACAAACACAUGCUUACAAAAAUGAUGCACGUUGUUAUUGUUUGAUUUGGGUCAUUUUGUGAGGAGUUUCAUCUCUUGAUUUCAAACCUCAUGAUUUGCGCCUCGCUUUGUGUGAUUAUCACUAAUAGCCGACAUUGUUUAAGAGUGUUAUCAUAGCUUUUGAAAGAACAAAACAAUCAUUUGUGUGUGUGUGUUUGAUUCUGAAUUAAGGACUUUUGAAUUGUCAGUUAGGGUUCGGAACUUUUUUUCUGCUUUAAUUCUUGUUUGGUGUUAUUUAUUUAUUUUUUUCAGAAUCAUAUUUUAUGUUUUAGGACCUUUUUUCAGUUGUUCUUUCCUGAUCACACACAUCAUUUUUUUUUGCCUUUUGGCAGCUUGUUCCAUCUAAGCAGAAUAAAUAUGGCCGACACCACAGUUGUUAGCACCCCUGAAUCGCCUCUCCACACCUUUACGUCGCUCUGUGUUCUUAUGCCCUUUUGUUCAGAUAUUUAUCUGGCAUUCAUCCCACAGUAUUAGAAUAAAUGGCAGUUCUUCAUUGAUCCAGUUUGGGUGUGGAUGUACCAGUGAUGGACUGGUGCCCCAGCCGGUAUUUGAUCCUGCUCUGUGUCUAGCUAGAGACUCCAGUCCUUACUCAUCAUACUGUAUAAUGGAAUUCAGAAAAUGGAUAGAAUUGUGUUGAGAAUUCACAAGCGUGAAGAUGGAGUUUAUCCUGCAGCUCUACUUUAAUUCUUACAAAUUUCCACAGCCGUAUAAUGUUGUGCAUGUUGAUUUUCAUGGCUGAUUCAACUGAUCUUUUUUUAACUUUUGCAAAUAUGUACCUAUUAUCGACUUUUUCUGAAGGGUUAUGAAUGCACUUUUAUUUAAAUAAUGACAUAA